GAGCGUCUGGGCGACCGCACGUGGUUGUAGUGCCGGGGCUUGAACCUAGCUGGCAGAGAAGUGAUUGCAACUGUCUCCCAGAGAGAGGGAGCCGAGCCGGAGCCAUGGAGGGCCAGAGCGUGGAGGAGCUGCUGGCAAAGGCGGAGCGGGACGAGGCAGAGAAGCUGCAGCGCAUCACGGUGCACAAGGAACUGGAGCUGGAGUUCGACCUGGGUAACCUGCUGGCCUCGGACCGGAACCCUCCGACCGGGCUGCGGCACGCGGGACCCACGCAGGAGGCCGAGCUGCGGGCCCUGGCGCGGGACAACACGCAGCUGCUAAUCAACCAGCUGUGGCAGCUGCCCACCGAUCGUGUGGAGGAGGCGCUGGUGGCGCGGCUGCCGGAGCCCACCACUCGUCUGCCGCGCGAGAAGCCGGUACCCCGGCCGCGGCCGCUUACACGCUGGCAGCAGUUUGCGCGCCUCAAGGGCAUCCGUCCCAAGAAGAAGACCAAUCUGGUGUGGGACGAGGGGAGCGGCCAGUGGCGCCGCCGCUGGGGCUACCAGCGCGCCCGCGACGACACCAAGGAAUGGUUGAUCGAGGUGCCCGGGAAUGCCGACCCCAUGGAGGACCAGUUCGCCAAGCGCAUUCAGGCUAAGAAGGAACGGGUGGCCAAGAACGAGCUGAACCGGCUGCGUAACCUGGCCCGCGCGCACAAGAGGCAGCUGCCCAGCGCGGCCGGCCUGCACCCUACCGGACACCAGAGUAAGGAGGAGCUGGGCCGCGCCGUGCAGGUGGCCAAGGUCUCCACCGCCUCUGUGGGGCGCUUCCAGGAGCGCCUGCCCAAGGAGAAGGCGCCCCGGGUCUCUGGAAAGAAGAGGAAGUUUCAGCCUCUUUUCGGGGACUUUGCAGCCGAGAAAAAGAGCCAGUUGGAGAUGCUGCGAAUAAUGAACAGCAAGAAGCCUCAGUUGGACGUUACCAGGGCCACCAAUAAGCAGAUGAGGGAGGAGGACCAGGAAGAGGCGGCUAAGAGGAGGAAAAUGAGUCAGAAGGGCAAGAGAAAGGGGGGCCGACAGGGUCCUGGGGGUAAGAGGAAAGGGGGCCCGCCCAGCCAAGGAGGGACGAGGAAAGGGGGCCCACCCAGCCAAGGAGGGACGAGGAAAGGGGGCCCACCCAGCCAAGGAGGGAAGAGGAAAGGGGGCUUGGGAGGCAAGAUGAAUUCCGGGCGGCCUGGCUUGAGUGGCAAGAGAAAAGGAGGGCAACACCAAGGAGGAAAGAGGAGGAAGUAAAUUUCACCCUCGGACCUGCUUGUAAACCAAGAACUGUACUUGAUGUUAAGUUCUAGGUACAGUAGGGGGAUGCAGAAGAUGGGGCCACUGCCUGCAUCGAGCUUCAGGUUAAAGGGCUAGGCUUGCCUUCCUCUGAAGAUGGUUGUAAAUGUUUGAUUCGACAAAUUAAUGCAUUUCCCACAACUAAAACUUUUGCUGGAGAUUAAAGGAUGUAUUUAAGGACAUACGAAUUAGGGAAAGAAUUUGUGGAAACUAGGAGUGAGUUCUGUUUUUAAACAGCCAUUUUUUUUUUCUCUUUAAACUUUGGAUGGGGUGUAAGGGAGAGAGCUGGUCAUAUUUCAGAGACUUUUAAUAGAUUGGUUUCUGCAUUAUUUUGAUAACAAGCUUGUGUAUUUAUCAAAGGAGGGAGACAGGUUACAUUUUCAGAACUGUUGUAAAGGUUAUUUAAUAGAACUGUCUGUGUGUAAUGUUGCCUUUAACUUUUUGGCUACUGGUACAAAUCUUAAGUAAAGCUUGUGACCUGGA